AAAAAAAAAAAGAAUAGUACCUACACCCCAGGGUUGUUGUGAGGAUCAAAUGAGCUAUUGUAAAAAUCACUCUGCAAACCUUAAAAUUCUAUAUAGGUGCUAGCUAUUGUUGUUAUUACGUAAACUGGCAAGUAUAUACAGGAUAGGGGGAUCUUUAAAAGCUUCAUGUAGGAAGGAGGCUGAGCUGAGCUUUGAAAGAAGCCAAGGAUUCCCAGAAAUGAAGAGGAAGAGUGUCUCAGGCAUGGGGAAACUUUGUACAAAGCCACAGGGGCAGGGGUUCAUUGUCAAGUUGGGGAAACAUCAAGUUUGGCUAAAAGGUAGAGGACAUAUGCCAGGAGCCUGGAAAGACUGGCUAGAACCAGGCCUUGAAGGGCUGUAAACACCUGAGUGGUUUUUGCAUUUUAUUCUGCAAGCAAUAGGGAGUUGCUGAAGGCUUUUGAGCAGGAAGGUGAGGUUUCGUUUCCUCCAACAAGGUAAUCCCUUAUUCAUUCAAUAACAUCCUAAGCCUCUGGUCUGCUGAGGGCUCUGUGGAGACCACAGGUGGAUGAAAUAGCGAAUCCCUGCUCUCCCGGAUUUACCUGGAAGUCCCAUCAUCUUCCAGACUGCAGUAAUAUAAAUAAGCAGAAGGAAAAAAACAUGCGCUAUGACCAAGGUUGGCCACAAAGAAGAGAUGAGAAAAUGCACCUCCCGCCGUUCUUUGCAAAAGGAGGGGGGUCGGGCUACCUUUGGGGAGCACUUUAUUUACUACUGGUUAGUUUGACUGAAUUCAUUGGAUUAACUGUUAUAUGGGGUGGUUGGAAGGGGGAGAUAAUUGAGGAAUGAAAAGAAAAAGAUCAGUGCAAACAUUGCUUUGCAAAGAAUUAAAAAAACAAAAACGUUUGUUUUGUUAAAUUGAAUUGAGUUGCAUUUAGUAGGGUGGCAAUGAAUGGAGGUCCUGAGCCAAUCAAAGGCCAGACGGAGCUGUCCUCGGUACCGCCCCCCCACCCCACCCCGGUGUCUCGGGCCCCCUCCGCUAAAUCCAGGCUGAGUCUGGAAGCACCUGGAUAGGGCGGGGGAAGGGAGAGAGGGAGAGGGUCCUGGAGGAAGCGCAGUCGGGGUGGAGGGUUAACGGGGGAGGGGCUCUGCCUCCGCGGCCUGGGUGGUCUCGGCCCCGCCCCGCCCCCCGCGGCGCCGUCGCCUAGCAGCAGGCGAGGCCCCUCAGCCAAUGGGAAUGCGGCCCUCCCCCUGGGCCCGCCCCCUCCCCUCCCUUUUCUGGGACCGCGGCGGCUGCAGACUGAACAGAGCAAGCAGAGCCGGGCAGCGUCUGACCGGGGCCGGGGCCGGCCGAGCGCGGAGCAUGGAACCUGAGCCGGAGCCCGAACCGCCGUGCCGGUAACGCGGGGCUGCCCGGCCCGGCAUGGCCCUGGGGGAGCUGCUGACCUCCGGCCCCGCGCCCCCAGCGCAGGGCCGGGCCCCGCUCUGGCUGCGCGCCCACGUGGGUGGCCUGCUUUUCAGCCUGGGCUGCGCGAUCCAGCGGCACUGUGGCAAGGUGCUCUUCGUGGGGCUGCUGGCCUUCGGGGCGCUUGCCUUGGGCCUGCGUGGGGCUGCCGUGGAGACAGACCUGGAGCGCCUCUGGGUGGAAGUGGGCAGCCGGGUGAGCCAGGAGCUGCGGUACACAAAGGAGAAGCUUGGGGAAGAGGCUGUGUACACCUCCCAGACCCUCAUCCAGACUGCCCAGCAAGCAAGUGAGAGCAUCCUCACCCCGGAGGCUCUAGGCCUCCACCUUCAGGCUGCCCUGGCAGCUAGCAAAGUACAAGUUUCCCUCUAUGGAAAGUCCUGGGAUCUAAACAAAAUCUGCUACAAGGCAGGAGUCCCUGUGAUUGAGAAUGGAAUGAUUGAGCGGAUGAUCGAGAAAUUGUUUCCCUGUGUGAUCCUCACCCCGCUGGACUGCUUCUGGGAAGGAGCCAAACUGCAGGGGGGCUCUGCGUACCUACCGGGCCGACCUGAUAUUCAGUGGACCAACCUGGACCCUAAGCAGCUUCUCGAAGAACUAGGCCCCUUUGCCUCCCUUGAGGGCUUCCGUGAGCUGCUGGACAAGGCCCAGGUGGGCCAGGCUUAUGUUGGACGGCCCUGCCUUCACCCCGAUGACCCCCAUUGCCCAGCCAGUGCCCCUAAUCGCCAAAGCAGGCAGGUCCCAGACAUUGCCCAAGAGCUAAGCGGUGGCUGCCACGGCUUCUCACGCAAGUUUAUGCACUGGCAGGAGGAGCUGCUUCUCGGCAGCCCGGUGAGGAGCCCUCAGGGCCGGCUGCUCAGCGCGGAAGCCUUGCAGAGUACCUUCCUUCUCAUGAGCCCCCGGCAGCUGUAUGAUCACUACAGAGGGGACUACGAGACCCAUGACAUCAGCUGGAGCGAGGCCCAAGCAGGCGCCGUGCUCCAGGCCUGGCAGAGACGCUUUGUGGAGCUGGCACAGCAAUCAGUACCCCAGAAUGCAUCUCAGCAGAUCCACGCCUUCUCUGCCACCACCCUGGAUGACCUCCUUCGCUCCUUCUCUGACAUCAGUGCAGUGCGUGUGGCCGGUGGCUACCUCCUCAUGCUGGCCUAUGCCUGUGUGACCAUGCUCCGCUGGGACUGUUCCAAGUCCCAGGGGGCUGUUGGCCUGGCUGGAGUCCUGCUGGUUGCCCUAUCCGUGGCCUCUGGCCUUGGCCUCUGCUCACUGUUGGGUAUGACCUUCAAUGCUGCUACAACCCAGGUGCUUCCAUUCCUAGCCCUGGGCAUUGGGGUGGACGACAUGUUUCUGCUGGCUCAUGCCUUCACUGAAGCCCCGUCUGGCACCCCCCUGCAGGAGCGGACGGGUGAGUGCCUGCAGCGUAUGGGCACCAGCGUAGUGCUCACCUCUGUCAACAACCUGGUAGCCUUCUUCAUGGCGGCCCUGGUCCCCAUCCCUGCCCUCCGUGCCUUCUCCCUCCAGGCUGCUGUGGUGGUCAGCUGUAACUUCACUGCCGUCCUGCUCAUCUUCCCGGCCAUCCUCAGCUUGGAUCUGCACCGGCGCCAUCGACAGCGGCUGGAUGUGCUCUGCUGCUUCUCCAGCCCCUGCUCUUCCCGGGUGAUUCAGCUCCAGCCCCAGGAGCUAGGGGAGGUCCAGAUGCCCAGAAGCGGGGCCCAUCUGACAGCUACAGUCCAGGCCUUCGCCCGCUGUGACACUGCUGGCCAGCACGUGGUCACCAUCCUGCCCCCUACAACACACCUGGCCCCUCUACCCACUGAGCCUCUGGGCUCCCAGCUCUUUGGCCCCAUGGGAUCUACGAGAGACUUGCUGGGCCAGGUGGCAGGCACAGGACGGGGACAGGUGUGCCGGCCACUCCCCUGUGCUCGCUGGAACCUCUCUCGAUUUGCCCGAUGUCAGUAUGCACCCCUGCUACUGCAGCCGCGAGCCAAGGGCCUGGUCCUGGUGCUGUUCGGGGCCCUGCUGGGACUGAGUCUGUAUGGAGCCACCUGGGUACAGGACGGGCUGACCCUGACAGACAUGGUGCCCCGGGGGACCAAGGAGUAUGACUUCCUGACUGCCCAGAUCAAGUACUUCUCCCUGUACGAGGUGGCCCUGGUGACCCAGGGCGGCUUCGACUAUGCCCGCUCCCAGCGGGCCCUGUUGGACCUGCACAGCCGCUUCAGUGGCCUCAAAUCCGUGCUGGCACCACAGCCUCCCCGAAGCUGGCUGCACCGCUACAGCGCCUGGCUCCAGGGAAUCCAGGCUGCCUUUGACCAGGACUGGGCGGCUGGACGCAUCACACGCCACUCGUGCCGCAACGGUUCUGAGGAUGGGGCCCUGGCCUACAGGCUGCUCAUCCAGACGGGAGACACCAAGGAGCCCCUGGACUACAGCCAGCUGGACAAGAGGAAGCUUGUGGACGCCGACGGCCUCAUCCUGCCUGAACUCUUCUACGCUGGGUUGACCGUAUGGGUGAGCAGAGACCCCUUGGGCCUGGCCGCCUCCCAAGCCAACUUCUACCCCCCUCCCCCAGAGUGGCUGCAUGACAAAUAUGACAGCACAGGCGAGAGCUUGCACAUCCCGGCGGCCCAGCCCCUGGAGUUUGCCCAAUUCCCCUUCCUGCUGAGCGGACUCCGGCAGACCGAAGACUUUGUGGAGGCCAUCGAAGGGGCCCGGGCUGUCUGUGCAGAAGCGGCCCGGGCCGGGAUCCGAGCCUACCCCAGUGGCUCCCCCUUCCUCUUCUGGGAACAGUACCUAGGGCUCCGCCGCUGCUUUCUGCUUGCUGUCUGCGUGCUGCUGGCCUGCACCUUUGUGGUCUGCACCUUGCUGCUGCUCAGCCCCUGGACAGCUGGCCUCAUUGUGCUGGUGCUGGCUAUGAUGACUGUGGAAUUAUUUGGCAUCAUGGGCUUCCUGGGCAUCAAACUAAGUGCCAUCCCUGUGGUGAUUCUUGUGGCCUCUGUGGGUAUUGGCGUUGAGUUCACAGCUCAUGUAGCUCUGGGCUUUCUGACAGCCUCAGGCAGCCGAGAUGUGCGGUCAGCCCAGGCCUUGGAGCACAUGUUUGCACCAGUGAUGGAUGGGGCCGUGUCUACCCUGCUGGGGCUGCUCAUGCUGGCUGGCUCUGACUUCGACUUUAUCGUCAGGUACUUCUUUGUGGUGCUGACCGUUCUGACAGGCCUGGGUCUGCUCCACGGGCUCGUUCUGCUUCCUGUGCUGCUCUCCAUCCUGGGCCCCCCACCCCAGGUGUCUCUGCCAGAUGGAAGCAAUCAUCUGACCCGCCCUGACCCAGUCUCAUUGCCCCUCAGUCCUCCUCACUUCUUCCUGGGCCCAAGCCCAGCCUUCCGGGGUCCUGAGACAGGAGCUGGGGAUGCUCCAAGCACCUUCAUCCUGCCCCCGGCCCACUCCCAUAUCUUGGUGGAAGCCAGCAAGGACCCCAACUUCCCAACCAUCACAGUGGUACAGACAUACAAGGACAGCCCCCCUGGCCCCGGCCUGCCCUCGCUCACAACCACAGCAGGAAGCGAGGCCCGCUGGGGGCCCCACGCAAGCCCCAGUGCCUUCACUACGCUGACGGCCUCAGUCACUGUGGCCCUGCACCCACCCCCGCUGCCAGGCAGCUAUGCCCAGGAGGUCUCUGAGGACUGGACUCCUCAGCACCCUCUGGCCACCGAGCCCAAGGGACCUGGCCCCCACUGCUAGGAUGGGCCUGGCAGCAUCUAUGCAAAGCAGCUCUGCUGCUGUGGGUAUCCCCUGCCUCCAAGGGAGGAGUGAGUGAGUGAGUGAGUGAGUGAGUGAGUGAGUGAGUGAGUGAGUGAGUGAGUGAGUGAGUGAGUGAGUGAGUGAGUGUGAGUGUGUGAGUGUGUGUGUGUAUGAUUGUGUGAGAGUGUUUACCUGUACAAGUGUCCCUGAGCACCUCAGCCUAGGCCAUACACAGCUGCCCUGAGGAGGACCCCAGUCCUUUCCUCCGAAGGGCGGGAGCCCCAGCCAGGGGCUCAGUCUGUCCAUCUGUCUGUCUGUGUUGUCCGUACCUUCUCCCCUCCUGCCCCUGAAGUUAUUUAUAUGAAGAGGUUUAUUUUUGUAAAGCUGAUGGCUCAGCUGUAAAUCUUAUUUUUAAAGAGUAAAUAUAUACUUAUCUAUUCUCUA